AUGGUGGUGAUGAAGAUGAAGUUCCCCUUUCAGAAAAGGGUGAAGCUAGCCCAGGGACUGUGGCUCCUCUCCUGGUGUGCCACAGUUGCCGGGGCUAUCACCUUCACCCUGGGCUGCAUCCUCAAGACGGAGCUCCGCAGGAGGGCAGAGGUAAUGGAUAACUCGGACAUACAUGUUGUGCCCAAUACCCUCAUGAUUGUUGGUCUGGCCUCCUUGGGUAUCAACUACUUUUCUUCAAAGAUCUGUCAGGAUGCUUUGGAUGCCGGACGAUUUCCUCGCUGGAAGAAAAUGUUAAAGCCCUAUUUCGCUGUCUCUUGCUUCUUCACUGUGCUCAUGCUGCUCGCUGUCAUCAUGAGCUUUGCAAUGAAGGGCAGUCUGGAGUCCUCUCUGAAGGUUGGCCUGAGGAACGGCAUCCGCUUCUACAAGGACACAGACACCCCGGGCCGCUGCUUCCAGAAACAGAACAUCGAUCGCCUGCAGAUGGACUUCCAGUGUUGUGGAAAUAAUGACUUCAGGGACUGGUUUGAGGUCCAGUGGAUAAGCAACCGCUACCUUGAUUUCAGCUCUAAGGAAGUCAAAGACCGCAUCAAGAGCAACGUGGAUGGCCGUUACUUGUUAGAUGGAGUCCCAUUCAGUUGCUGCAACCCCAGCUCUCCACGUCCAUGCAUCCAGUUUCACCUCACCAACAACUCAGCUCACUAUAACUAUGACUACCAAACCGAGGAGCUCAACAUCUACCUCCGAGGCUGCAGAGAGGCCCUGGUCCACUACUACAUGGGCCUGAUGAACGCCAUUGGGGCUGGAGUACUGUCAGUCUUCCUCUUACAGGCCUCUGUGCUGGUGAGCUUGCGGUUCCUGCAGACCUCCAUGGAGGCAGUGGCAGGGAAUGAAAACACAGAGAUUGAGACAGAAGGAUACUUGCUGGAGAAACCAUUGAAAGAGACCAUCAUGGAAUAUGUCGAACCUGUGAUGAAGUUCUUCCUGCUUACAAACCAGGUCGAAGAGGGUACUCCUGGAGCCCCAGCUUCAACUUAA